AGAAUUCACACUCGGGAAAAGCCUUACCAAUGUAAACAGUGUGGCAAGUGUUUUAGGCGAGCAGGACACCUAAGGAGUCAUGAAAGAAUUCACACUGGGCAAAAGCCUUACGAAUGUAAACAGUGUGGCAAGUGUUUUACCCAGUCAGGAGACCUAAGGAGUCAUGAAAGAAUUCACACUGGGCAAAAGCCUUACGAAUGUAAACAGUGUGGCAAGUGUUUUACCCAGUCAGGAAACCUAAGGGUUCAUGAAAGGGUUCACACUGGGGAAAAGCCUUAUGAAUGUAAACAGUGUGGCAAGUGUUUUAGCCGAGCAGGACACCUAAGGAGUCAUGAAAGAAUUCACACUGGGCAAAAGCCUUACGAAUGUAAAGAGUGUGGCAAGUGUUUUACCCAGUCAGGAAACCUAAGGAUUCAUGAAAGGGUUCACACUGGGGAAAAGCCUUAUGUUAUUAUGUGUGGCAAGUGUUUUAGUGAAGCAGAAAACCUAAGAAAGCAUGAAAUGGUUCACUCUGGGCAAACUACAUAUGAAUGUAAACAAUGUGGCAAGUGUUUUAGAGUAGCAGCACACUUAAGGAUUCAUGAAAGAGUUCACUCUGGGGAAAAGCCUUACGAAUGUAAGCAGUGUGGCAAGUGUUUUAACCGAGCAGGAAACCUAAGGAUUCAUGAAAGAGUUCACUCUUGGGAAAAGCCUUACGAAUGUAAACAGUGUGGCAUGUGUUUUAGCCAAGCAGGAAACCUAAGGAGUCAUGAAAAAAUUCACACUGGGGAAAAGCCCUAUAAAUGUAAACAGUGUGGCUUUUGUUUUAGGCGAGCAGGAAACCUAAGGAGUCAUGAAAGAGUUCACACUGGGGAAAAGCCUUAUGAAUGUAAACAGUGUGGCAAGUGUUUUAGUCUACCAGGAAACCUAAGAAAGCAUGAAAGAGUUCACUCUGGGGAAACGCCAUAUGAAUGUAAACAAUGUGACAAGUGUUUUAGAGUAGCAGCACACUUAAGGAUUCAUGAAAGAGUUCACUCUGGGGAAAAGUCUUACGAAUGUAAGCAGUGUGGCAAGUGUUUUAACCGAGCAGGAAACCUAAAGAUUCAUGAAAGAGUUCACACUGGGGAAAAGCCUUACGAAUGUAAACAGUGUGGCAAGUGUUUUAGCCAAGCAGGAAACCUAACGAUUCAUAAAAAAGUUCACACUGGAAAAAAGCCUUAUGAAUGUAAACAGUGUAGCAAGCGUUUCAGUGUGGCAAGAAGUCUGAGGAAGCAUGAGAGAAUCCACACUCUAGUUGGGUCACGUAAAUGUUCCCGGAAAAACAAAAGUCUUUUUAAACGUUUGGAAUCUUGCAAGCGGAAGAGAGCGGGAGGUAAAAACGUUAAUUUUAGCAGAGCGAUAGGUUUUACAAACAACCUUCAAACACAGCGGGGACUGGAAGCACUGAUCUAACAGAUGCACAAUUGGUCAUCUUUGAGAAUUACAGCUGCUGGAUUUGUCAAGAGGAGAUGAGUAGUGAGGCUCUUCUUCUUCAACAUUAUGAAAACCAUAUGACCUAUGUUUGUGAAGAUGACUCUUAG